CGAGCAGCGUCGUUCCCGUGGGUCUGGUCGAUUCGUAGCUCGCGAUCCUUCGCUGUCCUUGUUCGAUCUUCGCAAGGGUGAGUCCCUUCGUCCUUUGCCGAUCUUUUACCCCCAACCACUGCACGACUCGGCCUCUCUCGUCCCGUUUCGAGGAAGAGAGACGCCAGAGCACGAUCCUCCGAACGAUCCUCGUCGCACUUACGUCGCGCUUCUACGAACUCCUGGGCUUGCUUCCCCCUCCCAGUCGCCCUUUUACACGCUUUGCCCGUUUCCCACCCUUUGUAGACCGGCAGAGUUCAGCGAUUGGAAUACUUAGCUGACUUCACUCGGCGCCGGAACCAUCCGCGCGCCGGCUCCGCUGAUUAUCUGCCCGCCGAGCCUUUGACACGUCCGUGCUCUCAGCUAGAGAUACUCCCAGAAGAUAGCCGGGGAAUCGGUGUACACGAGUUGGUUCGAGUGACGCUUCGCUAAGCGAUUCGUUAUCGAGGAAACGCGAUUCUUGUUGCGGAAAUGGAAUAGGAACCGGGGUAUUGCGAUGCGACGUUUUCUACGCAGAAAACCUUUGACUAUUCGGGGUCGUUGGUAUUUCCCGGAGAUAGAGUGUGGGGAAUUUCCACUUGCCCGUAUAAUGUUUUUUUCGAUCGAGCAAUAUUUUGUUCCAGGAGUGUAAAAAAAAAUUUUGUAAUUCGUCACGUAAUAAAUCUAAUUAAUCCCGCCCAUAUUCUUAUAAAUGUGUUUCGUCAUGCUAUUUAUAAAAUUAUAAAAUUACAAAAAACACAAAGAUUUCGAAAUUUCUCCAACAAGAGUAAUACUUAUCCCAUUACUGACUCCACAUACCAAUGCCCAUACAAUUAUCUUUAAAACGCGUAAUUUGUCCAUCAUUUUUUUCUUUUUCUAGAAAUUUCUUUUCAAAAUUUUCCAUUCAAAAUUGGAAGCAAUCAAUCAAUAAUUUCGUAGCUCACGAAAAACUUACGACAUCGGACCCGGACCAGGUUCUAUCGGAUCCGAUAUCAAUUAACGAAACGGUUGCACGGCAUAUCGGAAGAAAUACAACGUAUCCGUGUUUCGUGCCGGGCAUACGUGCACGUAUGCGCCGAGAUAAAUGCCGUGGCGCGCGUUUAAUCGGUCGCACAAGUAGAAAGAGUAAUUUCGAAAGACUCGGGGAGGGAGUAGGAGGCACGUGCCAGUGGUGCGCGCGUGCGUCAGUCCGCACUCGACGCACGGUGGCACUCGGCUAUUUUCGAAGAACGUGAUAUAAGUCCCGAUGACGUUCGUGCCCGUUCAAUGUGUACGUGCGUCCCUGUCUAGAAAUUACCAUUGCCACUUCCCUCGAUCGCGACCAGCCGGUUUUAAUGACCUUUCGACAAGCGAUACGCGUCACGAGACUAAUCGCCUCUCCCCGGGAAAACACUGCGCCGGCAUUGUUCCUUAUCGGUUCUCGUUCACGAUCCAGCCACGAUUUCGUGUCUGACCUCAUCCAUUGUUUACUCCUUCCUUACUUUUCAUUAAUUUUUCUUCUACACCGAACAUCGUGCAUGCACUUCGAUAUUCCGAUCGAACGUGCUCGAAAGUGCGCGCUCUCCUUGCAUACUUGCUUUUCCUUGUACCCUGUACAACCAAGUAUUAUUAUUACUAUAUGUUAAUCCUCGAUAAUCCCAUUGUUCGUAAUCGCAAAUUUCUUUUUAUUCCUCGCAAAAUUCGAACGGAGGUAACCGACGCCCCAGGGGUCGAAAUUGGCGCGUUUCAAAAAGAAGGGAAGGGAGAGGGGGAGAGAGAGAAAGAGAGAAAGAGUGAGAGAGAGAGAGAGAGAGAGAGAGAGAGAGAGAGAGAGAGAUCGAAGAGGAAGAUCGAAGAAAGGAGGGAAAAACGGUGGAUGACAGUGCAGAAAAAUCCGAUCGAUCCCCGGAGUCCCCGGUCGGGGUGGGGGAGCCGCGCGAGGCAAGCCGCCACGGUCGUCGGUUCAGAUCCGCUCAGGAGGGGGUUCUAACCCUGGGUGGGGGCUCUUAAAGGCAACCGGGUGCCGUCCGACCGUCGGAAUUCGGGUGGUGGAAGGGAAGUCCAGGUUAACCGUCACGCGCUAUCCCCUCCCCUGACGGCUGGUCACCCCCACCCUUAAGGUGGCAGCGCCUCCGCCGGGCAUUCCAUCGGGUGGCACGCUUCGACGAGACGACAGAAGACGUUCGUCGUUCGUUCGCUCGGUCAGUCGUGCUCUGACGCCCGUUCCGAGUAGUCGGAGUUCAGUGAGGCGAAGAACAGAGAGAAAAAGAGACAGAGGGAGAAAGACUCAGUCGAGCGAGCAAGUAGUACGGAUACUACAGUACUACGUUCCCUUAUCGCGGUACUCUCGCGUGCUCUCGAGAGGGCAGAAAACAAACAACCCUUAUCCGAAACAUUUCAUCGUUCGUCGUCCGGCCAGUCGCUUGGCGGAUCACAAGUGCGAUUGCCAGCCUGGCCAGGCGUGCAGUGAAUAAACACAGCGAGUUGAGCGUAAUAACGCUACUCUUUUGGAUUACCAGUGCAGUGUAGAAACAGGAAACAACGGCAAAUUGUGGCGAACAGUUUGUCGAAUUCUCGUUAAUUUCGUUUUUGUGAUAAUAAAAGAAACUUGUUGUACGAUGGUGACCGGGGUGGGUGCCACGAUGCCGACAGGCGGUGUCACCGUCGGUGCUACGCCGCCGGCGCAACACGUGCCCCAGGAGGCUGGACAACCCCCUGCCCAAACCACCACCACGACCACGACCACGAGAAGAUCUGGGGAGAAUCGACGGCCAGCGCGACACUCGAAGCUGGAGAAGGCGGAUAUUCUGGAGAUGACGGUGAAACACCUGGAAACACUCCAGCGUCAACAGGUUGCCCUGGCAGCGGCGACCGAUCCUAACGUGUUGAACAAAUUCCGCGCUGGUUUCACGGAAUGCGCCGGUGAGGUUGGCAGGUUUCCCGGUCUGGACGCCUCCGUGAAGAGACGUUUGAUGGCCCACUUGGCCUCCUGCCUCGGCCCGGUCGAGACGAGCAACAACAACGGACAGACGGCGAACCAGCAACCCGUGCAACCGGCGCCACCGACCACCCAGCUCCAAGUCCACAUUCUUCCUCAAGUGGACGCGACACCGAGGAUCCAGGUGCAACAAUCGAACGGGAUCUUCUUCACGAACGCGAACGGGAUGGGCCUGCAAUUGGUGCCUACCAGGUUGGAGAACGGUGACAUAGCCUUGGUGCUCCCCGCCGGUGCGAAAGCGACCCCGGUCACGUCACCAGCCUCGUCCCCCGCGCCGACCUCGCCCAUGCCGGCUCUGAUCCCGAUCCCCCAGAGAACGGCCAGCACGGCGUCCGCCUCGUCCUCCUCGAGCUCUGCCAGCUCCACGUCCACGUCCGCGGCGAGUCCUGUGGCCUUCGAGGCGCCACCAGCCACUUUCCGCGACCAGCCUACAGCCUACACCAACGGAGGCAACAGCCACAGGGACGUCGCGACGUCGCCAGCAAACGGUUACACCAGCGAUCCCGAGUUCGACCCCCGUGUAUACAGCAGUCCGCCUCUUCAGAAACCGCUCGCCCUAGUGAUGAGGAAAAGCGUCGUACGGGAAGUGGAGGAGAAACCGUGGAGGCCAUGGUAAAAAGGGAAGAUAAAGGAUUCAAGGUGAAGGAUGUCUGUCCAAGGAUCUCUGUUUGUGUUGGACGUUGUUUAAAGACGGAGUCAAAUCGGUCGCGGGUGAGAAGGAUGAUAUAACGAGUGAUAUAUAUGCACAUAUAUAUCUAUAUAUAUAGAUAUAUAGAUAUAUAUGUUAUACGCUUCGGUUUUGUUCGGAAGAGAAGAAUGAUUUAUGUCGAUUUUCGAGGAGAAAAGAACCCGCGUCACGAUCACACGGAUCAUUGUUCCUUACUGUACUGUCGCGUUUCAGAAGUCGUGUUCUUUCGUUAAGGGGGUGAAAGGAAGUGUCUCGCGAGCUAGAAGCAUUUCUCUCGCCGUUGGAUAGAUAGAAGAGUUUGAUAUUUCGAUAUUUUUCGAGUGCGUGCAGUCGGCCAGUAGCCUAUGAGGCAGUGCCUUAUACAGUGCCUUGUAAAUAUUAUUUUAUCUCAUUCGUUAGAGGAAUCGUAUUCGUCGGAGUAAAGAAAGUUCGUUUCAUUGCUUUGUUGAAUCCAUUUACGUUUCUCGUUAACGCCUGUCCAUUUCGUUUCGUCCCGUUCUUCUCAUUUCUCCCCUUUAUCCAUGUUUUCGCGUUCUAUUUCGUUUCUAUUGUGUAUAUAUCAUUAAACGAAUGUCGUAUUUUAAGUGCCUUACGCAACAAGAAUCACCGAGGUCUUCCAUUCUGUUUCUUGUACGUAAAAAAAAAAAAACGCCAAGCGAGUGUUUUGUCGUGUACCGUGGUUGUAAUAAGUACGAGGAACGUUUGUAAAAUUAACCGAGAAAUCGCCUAGUUUGUAGAUUAUAUGUUAAGAUUAUACGUAUAUGAGAGAGAGAGAGAGAGAGAGAGAGAAAAGAGAGAGGAAGAUACGAGAGGCUGUAUGUCCAUAUGUACGUAUGAUUGCGUUAAUUUAUAUUUAUAUCGAGUGCGGAGAAAUGAAGUUUAUAAUUCCUCUCUAUCGUGAGAAUAGAAAAAGAUCGACGCUUAUCAUUGCAAGAGUAUCAAAUAAAUAUUGAUCUCUUUGUCAAAACUUA